AUGCUGGCCGAGGUUGUUGAACGCGCUCAUACUUUGAAAUUGCUCAAGUUUAUUAGCGGAAGUGACUUGGAAGCCGCGAAUUGUCUCCUUACGGCGAACCGGCAUUUAGUCAAUGCCAAAAUAUUUCUGACCAUCGAGCGCAGGCCCCUUCAUUCCGCAAUCACGGAAGGCAGCCUGGAAAUGGUUGAUGAAUUGCUAAGUUACAUGUCGGAAGAAGACGUGAAAAUACAAGAUGAAGGGGGUCGCACAGCUCUUCACUUUGCCGCCAUGUCCCCUGGAAACACCAAGAUUGCAGAAAGCUUGAUCAGAAAGAACAAGGAAUUGCUUACUAUUCCAGAUGAUCAGGGUAAAUAUAUUCCACUUGUCUUCGCUUGUCAGACAGGCCAUAAAGAUAUAACUCACUACCUUUAUAAGGAGACUACACCUGCAUAUCUACUCUGUCCAGAAAAUCAAAAUCAAGCAGCCUCGGUCGUCAUUGAGUGUGUUCGCAGCAAAUUAUUUGGAAUCAAGCAAAUAUAUGAUUUGAAGCUGACCCAUGUCUAUGCACAUGAGCUUUUGCUUUUGAUCUCUAAGUCGAUAGCCGCUUUAAAUGUUGACGAAAUUCGUCAAAGUUCAGUGGUUGAGGCAAUCAUCAAUGCUUCUGAGCGGGGGAUGACGGAGUUUAUCGUCGAAAUCAUUAAAACUAAUCCAGAUUUAUUGAUUAGUAUUGACAAGAACAGCAGAACCAUUUGCCAUAUCGCAGUUGCAUAUCGACAAGAAAAACUUUUUAGCCUCAUAAAUGGGCAUGACGCUGUCAAGUAUUAUUUUCUUGAUUUCACAGAUAAUUACGGUAAUAAUAUGCUACAUUUGGCAGGGCAACUAGAACCCACAUCCCAGCUUAAGCUUGAUCAAAUCUCAGGUGCUGCUCUGCAAAUGCAAAGAGAACUACAAUGGUUCAAGGAGAUAGAAAGCAUUGUGCCACCAGCGUUUAAGGAAUACAAAAAUAGUUUCGGUGCAACUCCUUACGAAGCAUUUGAUCAAAGUCAUGCAAACUUGAUAAAAGAAGGGGAGAAAUGGAUGAAGGAUAUAGCACAAUCAUCUACGAUUGUUGGCACUCUUAUCAUCACCAUUAUGUUUGCAGCUCUUUUCACUGUUCCAGGAGGCUACAAUCAAGACACUGGUAUUCCCUUACUCUUAAGCAAAAAACUUUUCAAGCUAUUCAUAAUCUCGGAUGCUAUUUCUCUCUUUGCUUCCUCCACUUCCGUGUUGAUAUUCGUUGGCAUCCUAACAUCACGAUAUUCAAAGGAUGAUUUCCUCACGUCGUUGCCCAAGAAAUUGAUUAUCGGACUUUCUGCCUUGUUCAUUUCUAUUGCAACAAUGAUGGUAGCUUUUUCGUCCACGGUUAUUAUCCUGCUAAAGGGACAACUAGAGAUAGUUAUUCCUAUCGUUUUGCUAGCAACCAUUCCGAUUUGUCUCUUCGUGUGGUUACAGUUUCCACUUCUUGUUACGAUUACCAUGUCAACUUAUGGACCUGGGAUCUUUGAUAGGAAAGUGAGGAAAUGGCUGUAAUUUUAUGAUUUCCCAUAGGAGAUGUAGAUUGUGAUUGUAAAAGAUACUCAUUUCAUGUUUGGUGUCAUUUGGAGCCGUCACU